AUGGAAGAGAGAGGCAUACAGACAGAGAACAUACCACCUGACGGACGGACAAGAGGAGAAAGACGGUGGAGCAGACUGGAUGAACCGCAAGCGGCAGCCUGUUGCCCUGAACGUUACAGUCGACCCGAUCUGCACGAGUACGAACGGCAGCUGCAGCUGCAGCACUCAACAACUCCUAUAUCGUAUCAACGCGAUUGCCAACAACGACAAUUUCAUUCAAAGGAGAUUUCCUCGUGCGAUUCGAAGAAAGAGACUACGGGAGAGAUUGGAUGCGACAGUUGCACUCCCGCAGCUGCUACAUUUAGCAAACAAAAACUGGAAAAAUUGUCGCAACGUCAACGAAGUUCAAUUUUUGCAAUUGCGAGGGCAAAGUUGAGUUCUUUUGUCAGUCGACUAAGUAUAAGUAGUGGAGCGGGAUGUGCAACAACACGGACUCUAACUAGCACCAGCAACAUCACUACUGCCAACAACAGUGAUUUGUCAUCUGUCAUCUCAUUCCCUUUACGACAAAAUUCCCACCAGAAUAUCAUUCAGGCGAAUCCGCAUUCCGCUACAGCCGUGUCAGUUGCAGCACCUGCAUUAUUAUCAUCAUCAGUACAAGCAAAUACUUCACUUCCUACUGUCACGGUAUUUUCAAAUUCUGAUAUUUCUGAUUCCUGCCACAACACUGGUAGCACUACUUUGCAAAAAGAGCUACACUUGAUAAAAUCACCGGUAAAAACGUUUACUUUACCAAGUGACGGUAACGAAUAUUUGUACCACUUGCAAAAGCAGAAACCAACAACUUCUUCAGCAUCUUGCAGCUUUUUCCAGCAUACUAAUUAUCCAGCAGCUGUUUUCCUGACCGACGGUGAAAAGAGUUUUUUUCGCACGGAACGUUUGGUACCGAAGGAAGAGAAUGAAAGGUGGAUUCGAGCACCGCCUAAUUGUAACCCAUUCGAUAUGCGUGCAUCAUUCACGUGCUCCUCAUUAUCAUGUCGAGUUCCAGUUACUGAGGCUACUUAUGGACGUAGUAGGCUUAAUACGGCGACCGGUAUUGAACGACCAAAUUCUGGUGGUAGUGCAGCGAUGACUGUUCGAGGUAAUAGAUGUCAUAGUCGGAAGUGUACCGAACAGGUUCGAAGUAAUGACAGCUUACUGACAGACUGUCGACAGCAUGAAGAUGGUUGUUUCUCGUCACAUUUACGAUGGCUUUCAAUGAAAGAAUUUAAUGAGAAUCGUUCACAAUUUGAUUCACGUCCGGUUGUUUAUGUUCCAGUACUUUGCGAAACAGUUUGUGAUACAAAUACUCAUUGUGCCGUUACAAGCAAUAUGAAAAAUGAUGAUAGUAAUAAUCAUAUCAGCAAACCUUCAUCAUCAUCACCGUCACCAUCAUCCUCAUCAUUGUUACAGCAAACAUCUACUACCACUUCCCCUGCUAAGUCUACAUUUGCAUCUGCUAAUAAUGUAGAUAUUGUUGUUAGUGGUUGUACAUUAAUUCCAAUGAAUCAUAGUACGGAUAUGAUUACACAUCGAUCGAUGAGCACGAAAUCUGAAGAGGAGGAGGAAAAGGUUGAAAAAAUAAAGGAUGAAAUUAUCACGGGUCUCUCAUCUCAAUUAGUACUUCUUUUGUUUGUGUAG